CAUGUCCACCUGCCUGCCGGCCUCUGAUAUUUAAAUUUUCCUCCGGGCCUUUUUCGUUUCUUUGGCCAUCGCAAUCACAUGAAAGAAAUCAGCAUUGUUAAUUCGGCAGCCCAGCAAUCGAUCUGAAAAAUGAUUUGUGUGCCGAUUUCAAUGUUGUUGUUACUUGUUAUACCCUUUCCAGCUUCAUAAAAAGGAAAACCAAGACUCAGAGGGAAAGUUUUUGCGAACGAUGGGUCGGCGAGUUUCCACCUGCAUAUUCUCUGUCACUGUGUUUCUUGCCUUCCUAAUGGCGAGUUCGCAGGACGCAGGAGUGCGGCGGGCACUCAUCCAGUUCAUGGCGGAACUCUUUCCGGGAAACUUGACAAGAGACCCGGAUUUCGGUUGGAACACGACUUCGGACCCUUGUAAAGACAACUGGAGGGGUGUCACCUGUGAUGCUGCGUUACUUGUCGUGAGGAAAGUUGUUCUUGAAAAACUCAACCUAAAUGGAGUUCUUGAUGCUGCUUCUUUGUGUAACGUUACUUCCAUUUGGGUCUUGAGCUUGAGCAACAACAACUUGAGUGGUGGGAUACAAUCGGAGAUAUCGAAUUGCCGGGCUUUGACGCAUUUGUAUCUGGCUGGGAAUCGUUUCUCUGGUGGCCUUCCGUCGAGUGUACCGCAACUGGGUAAUCUGAAAAGGCUUGAUAUAUCGAAUAACGAUUUAUCCGGUCCACUUCCGAAUCUGUCGAGGAUAUCGGGUUUGAUUACUUUUCUUGCUCAAAACAAUCAGCUGACUGGAGGGAUACCGAAUUUUGACUUCUCCAACCUAGUCCAGUUCAACGUCUCCAACAACAAUUUCAGCGGUCCGAUUCCUGGCGAUGUCGAUAGCCAUUUCGGUUCAGACAGCUUUUCGAGCAAUAAGCUAUUAUGUGGAGAACCGUUGCCCAAUCUAUGUCCCCCACCGCCACCACCACCACCACCUCCUCCUCCUCCACCUCCACCUCCACCUCCACCUCCUCCUCCACUUCCUGUUGAUAAAAAGUCGAAAAGGCCGUCCAAAAGUGACUACCUUAUCUACUCUGGCUACGGUGUCCUUGGCCUCGCCUUGGUGAUCAUCCUCAUCGCUUACAUGUUGUUCAAGAGGAAAAAAGCUCCCGAAGAAGAGAACAGCGGCGGCACAACAAUCAACAAGACUAUUGGUAAUUCGAGCGAGUUCAAGACCAAGGCCGUAGGAAGGUAUACAUCGGAGUAUUCCAUGACAUCCCGUGAAAGUGCGAAAAACUAUUCGUCUCUUGUGGUCUUCUCCACUCCAUCAGUGGACGAGCUGAAGUUUGACGACUUGCUCAAAGCCCCGGCCGAGUUGGUUGGGAGGGGGAAGUAUGGGAGCCUCUUCAAGGUUAUGCUCGACGGCGGGGUGACUAUGGCCGUGAAAAGGAUCAAGAAUGUCGGGAUACCACGCGAGGAUUUCAAGAGGCAGAUGAGGAGGAUCGACGGAGUUAAGCAUCCGAAUGUGUUGCCGGUUAUAGCGUAUUAUUGUUCCCAGAAUGAGAAGCUGUUGGUUUAUGAGUUCCAGCACAAUGGCAGCCUCUUCAAGCAUCUUCAUGAAUCUCAAAAUGGGCAACUAUUCGACUGGGCAAGCAGACUAGGCGUUGCAGCCAGCGUUGCGCAAGCUCUGGCUUUCAUGCACGAGGAGCUUCGCGACGAUGGGAUCGCUCACGGGAACCUAAAAUCAAGCAACAUAUUGCUCAAUAAGGACAUGGAACCCUGCAUUAGCGAGUAUGGUCUUAUGGUGGUCGAAAAUGAUGAGGACCUGUCAGUCGAGUUCUCAGCUGACAGCAUCAGAAGCAACAAAACACCUACUACAACCCGGGGAUACAGUGCUUUCAAGGUAGACGUUUAUGCCUUUGGGGUGAUUCUGCUUGAGUUGCUCACGGGAAAGAUAGUCCAGAACGGUGGGUUCGACUUGGGGAAGUGGGUUCACUCGGUCGUUUGUGAAGAAUGGACAAUUGAGGUCUUCGACAAGGCCCUCCUCUCGGAAGGCGCUAGUGAGGAGCGAAUGGUGAAUCUGUUGCAGGUGGCGUUGAAGUGUAUAAAUCCAUCUCCAGAGGCUAGGCCAAGUAUUGGUCAAAUAGCUACAUUCCUCAACUCUAUCAAAGACGCAGAAGAAAGAUCGUUGGGCUCUGAACUAUGAUACAAAUUUUACCACAAAACAUGUGGAAAGAAGAUAAAAUUGGUUCAUGGGAAUUCAUUUUUUUAUGUCUAUAAACUCUAUUUUUGCAGGUCUGUUACGUUACAAAUUCUUUCACUGAAUCACUUAUGUGGAACAGUUAGUUCUGCUAGUCAAGGAUAUGAUGGAUCUUGAUACCUACACAUGGUUUUCUUUGAAUUUUGAAAUAAAUCCA